AUGGAGUUUCUGGAUAAAUGGCGUAUGUGGAUUAAUGGCAUCUUAGCUUCGGCUAGAUCGUUCGUUUUAGUUAACGGGGCGCCGACGUUUGAGUUCCAAUGCCAAAAGGGUUUGCGGCAGGGAGAUCCCCUUUCUCCGUUUUUAUUUUUAAUUGCCAUGGAAGUGUUAUCUCGUCUUAUUUCGAAUACUAGUGACUUGGGGAUCUUUAAAGGAAUUAAAACUCCUAAUGAGGGACCUAUUUUGUCGCAUUUUCUUUAUGUUGAUGACGCUCUCAUUUUGGGGGAAUGGAGUGAGGAGAAUAUUAAGACGGUGGCUAGAAUUUUGAGGAUUUUCCAUAUUUGCUCGGAUUUAAAGAUUAAUUUUAACAAAUCUAAUCUUUUCGGGAUAGGGGUUAAUGAAGAAGAUAUCGAUCUUAUGUCAAGUUUAUUGGGAUGUAAGAAAGGGUCAUUGCAUUUCUCACUUAAAUCAAUGCCACGCCGCCGAAGAGACUCUGCUAAAGGAAUACAACCUAGACACAACAUCCAAACAAAAUACAAUACCUUUUUUGAAACCCACCCUUCCAUUUAA